AUGAAACGUCUCAUUUCCCUUCCUCCAAUCACUAUCGAAUCAGCCAAAAGAUUGAGCGAACUCCAUGCCACCACAAAUUCCGUUUUGCGAUCCCUCAAAUCUCUCUCUCUCACUGGGGGCGACCACUGGGUAAUAUACAUUGUCAAGGAGAAAUUAGAUCCAGAAUCCAAUAAAUUGUGGUCUCGUGAAACCAAAGGAAAGAUUCCUACCUUCCAGGAAUUUAAUACCUUCCUUAUUGAUCGCAUCCGGGAGCUUCAGAGUUUUUCUCAAUCCUCCACCAAGCCCAAGUCAUCCACCGGCAAGCCAUCUACCUCCCAACCUACCAAGACUUCCGUCUUAGUCAAUGCUACCUCGUCCUCGAAUUGUCCUUGUUGCAACAACAGCCACAAACUCUUCCAGUGCCUCAGGUUCAAGGCACUUUCCCCACUCGAUCGCCUCAGCUUGGUGAGAAAGCACCGAAUGUGCAGAAACUGCAUCUCAGACACUCACUACACUAAAGAUUGCAAGGCUAGAGGUUGUGCCAGUUGCAAUUCCAAACAUAAUUCCCUGUUGCAUGAUUCCUUUAAUGUUGUUCAAACAACAACAAAAACAAACUUUACCCAACAAGCGAAGUCCACGGACACUUCCGCAGAAAACCCAACAACCAAUACAUCUGCACAGGAAGUGCCGACAAAUUCUGACGACAAAGUCACCACCAAAUCCCCUGGUCUGUCGACCUCCAAUACCAACAACAAAUAUAAUGCAACCACCCUCGCUUCUCUCUCCACCCCUCGCGAGGACCACCCUCGAGUCUUCUUAGGCACUGUUGUGGUGAAAAUUCUUGACACCAAUGGCGUCGAACAUCUCUGCCGCGCUGUGGUGGACAAUUGUUCACAAUCCAACCUCAUCACCACUUCUCUUGUCCAGAGACUCAAACUAUCCAAAUACAAUUCUCAAUUCAACAUUGGGGGAGUAUUGGAUAGGCGCUCAACAGGCAAACACAAAACUCAUGUCCAUAUCGCACCUCACAUGGGAGGAAACUUCUAUAACAUGACCUGCAACAUUGUCCCUAAGGUCACAGGAAAUCUUCCUAAUUGGAAUGUAAAUUCACAACAAUUUCCAAUACCAUCACACCUCGCCCUAGCUGAUCCCAAUUGGCACGUCCAACAACCCGUUGACUUAUUAAUUGGAGGAGGAAUCUUCGCUCGUAUCGAACGAGAUGAAUCCUAUUUCCUAGGUCCCAAUCUACCCAAACUCAAGGGUUCAGAAUUCGGAUGGAUUCUCAUGGGAGAACACACUCCUAACCAAGGUUCUAGCCCCGAUGAUUCCAUCUACAACAAAACCAAUGCCAUUGGUCAAUUUGUCCGUCUGGAGAGGAAAUUAUCCAAAAAUCCUGCCCUGAAAGAACAAUAUGCAUCAGUCUUCAAAGAAUAUCUAGACUUAGACUUCUUGGAAAAGGUCCCACCGGAAGAACUCGAUAGACCCUCCUACUAUCUCCCUCACCAUGGAGUGGUCAAAGAGUCCUCAUCCUCAACCAAGCUUCGCGUGGUUUACAAUGCGAGCUCUAAAUCUUCGUCAGGCCUUAGCCUAAAUGACACUCUGAUGGUUGGACCGGUAGUACAACCGGAUCUUGUCUCCAUCCUUCUUCGUUUUCGAUUGGGUGCUGUCGCUCUCUCAUGCGACGUUACCAAGAUGUACCCUCAAUUCCUACUCCAUCCUCCUCACCGCGAUUACCAAAGAAUAAUUUGGAGAUCCGAACCCGACGAUGAAUUGCAGCAUUUUCGAUUGAAAGGUGUCUGUUUCGGAGUCGCCUCCUCGCCUUUCUUGGCGACUCGUUGUCUUAACCAAUUAGCCAUUGAAGGCUCCGAUACUUACCCUUUGGCUUCUAAAACCCUCUUGGAAUCCUUCUAUGUGGAUGAUUGCCUUUCAUCCUUUCCUUCACCACUAGAAGCUAAGAAAACCCAAGAGGAACUUAUCGCCAUCACUCAAGAAGCUGGACUUACAUUAGCUAAGUGGAAGUCCAAUAUCCCAAAUAUCUUGCCCGAUUCUUGUCAACUACAAGGCUCUAACGAAAGAGUUUCCCUACCCGAAUUAAGGACAAGAGCCUUGGGAAUGCAAUGGGAUGUGGGGGGAGAUACCUUUAAAUACGACUUCACUCAUCAAACGCCAAAAAUAAAUACCAAACGCACUACAUUCUCAGAUAGUAGCUCGUAUGCGUACGGAGCCGCCAUCUAUUAUGUAACCCAAGAUGAGCAAGGUAACCGAUGUUCGAGAUUACUCACGUCCAAAUCUCGUAUUGCUCCUUUACACGCCCUAACAAUUCCUCGUCUCGAAUUAUGUGGAGCGGUAUUAGGCGCUCGCCUCCUUCACAAGGUUUUAUCAGCCAUUUCUGUCAAUUCGUAUCACUGCUGGACCGACUCUCUGAUAGUCCUCCAUCAAAUAAAUACCACUACGGAAAAAUACGAUGUCUUUGUGUCUCAUAGAAUCUCAGAAAUCCAGCAGAUCACAGAUAAGACUUCUUGGCGACAUGUCCCUGGACACUUAAACCCUGCGGACGUUUUGUCAAGGGGUGCCAAUCCACAACGAUUGAUGACUCUUGACCUCUGGUGGUCAGGACCGCCAUUCAUUGCCAAUACUCAGACUCAAUGGCCUCCAGCCUUCAUAGACAUUAAUCCUGACCAAACUGACCAAGAAACUACCUACUGCACCGUCACUGCCUCACAGCCAGUUCCUACUAAUUCCUUUCUGGCCCGCUCUCUCGAAGAAUCCUCAGACUUUAUUGAAUUGACCCGAUUGAUUGCAAUUUCGCGCCGCUUUCUCACUCCCUCCCGAGAUAUUCCUCGUAUCACUGGUCCUCUCACUCCCAAUGAACUCCUCCAAGCACAAACGAUUGUACUCAAGUGGGAUCAAGAGCAGCAUUUGGGUGAUGUACAUGGGGCGAUAAGAAACGGGAGCAUCUCAAGAAGCUCGAAACUUGCACACAUCCGUCAACUCACACCAUUUAUCGACGUCACUGGACUCAUACGUGUUGGAGGCAGACUCCAGCACUCGAGUGAGCCUUAUUCAGCACGCUUUCCCAUCCUUUUGAACAAGGGCCAAGUGGCAUACAGUAUUGCCAGAUCCGAACACUUCCGUCUUCAUCACGCAGGGCCUCAAUUAUUGCUCGCCUCCUUACGACAAAAUUAUUGGAUGUUGUCCGGAAGAAGAAUCUGUCGCAAAGUUGUCAAAGAUUGCAUUAGAUGCUGCAGAGUCAAACCACCUCUCCAAACUCAACUCAUGGGAGACUUACCAGAGCAACGUAUGUCCAAGCCAAUUCCAUUCCUGGCCACGGGCAUCGAUUUUGCGGGGCCUGUUCUCAUUAGACACGGUCAACGUAGAAGUCAAACUCUGGUCAAGGCAUACGUAUGCGUCUUCGUGUGUCUGUCCACACGGGCAGUACACUGUGAGGUAGUCUCAGAUCUCACUGCCGAUGCCUUUAUAGCCUGCCUCAGACGAUUUAUCUCACGGAGAUCUUGUCCUUCCGACAUUUACUCCGAUAAUGCUACUAAUUUUGUCGGAGCGGACAAGGAAAUCCAACGCCUAUUCACUCAUGACGAUUCCCGAAAUGAACUCAUUGCUGCCACUGCUUCCUUCCGCAUGAAAUGGCACUUCCAGCCACCAAAAUCUCCACACCAUGGUGGCCUGUGGGAAGCAGCAAUUAAGUCCAUGAAACAUCAUUUUCGUCGAGUUGUUGGGAAUGAAAAACUCACAUUUGAGGAGCUCUGCACAGUCACCGCUCAGAUUGAGGCUAUUCUCAAUAGCAGACCGGUCACCCAGAUGUCUGAAGAUCCGUCGGAUCCAGAAGCCCUCACGCCUGGGCACUUCCUCGUCGGACGUCCACUCACGGAAUUGCCUUCUCCGGAUCUCACUCAACUUCCAGACAAUCGAUUGGAUGCAUGGCAAAGAUGCCAGCAACUCACUCAACACUUCUCUAAACGAUGGAAGCUGGAGUAUCUCACAGCACUCCAGAGAAGAACGAAAUGGUUCACAGAACUUCCAAACAUCACUCCCGGUGACAUUGUCGUUGUUUACGAGGACAACGCGCCAUCUAUGAGGUGGCCCCUGGGACGCAUCGUCGCGACACAUCCAGGACACGAUGGACGAGUUCGUGUAGUGACGAUCCGAACCGCCAAUUCCAUCUUCAAACGAUCAGUCACCAAAAUCUCCAAACUACCGGUGGAAGGAUUACCACCUUCGGAGUCAAUUGAACCCCAAGGAGCUCAAUUGCGGGGGGAGAAUGAUCGCGCCAGCUCUUAA